ACAGGCUUUAAAAUCCUGUUCAUUUCCCUCAUCGUUUUAUACCUCUUCAUUCACUGUCAAGGACGUCCCAUAAGUAAAAGGACAGUGAGUGAGGUGCAGCUCAUGCACAACCUCAGGCACCACAAGCAGGUGCAGGAGCGCAGAGAGUGGCUGCAGAGGAGGAUCCAAGACAUCCACAAUGCAGCCCAGACCAGCAGCGGGGGGGACAGCGAGAGCCUGAGGAGGAGGCUGCAUCCAGAGGAGCUGACUGAGCUGGGUGAUCUGACAUCAGAGGAAAUCCAGCAAGCGAUAGACUUUUUUGAGAAGCUCCUCGAGUCAAAACAAUCGUGA